AUGCUACAGUAUUCAGCGUCAAUAAAUCGUAAUGUACAUCAUGGUGGUGCACAGGUGCUACAAAAAUCAAAAUCGGGCAAGAUUGUGAGGGAUGCGCCGCAACAAGAUAUGCAGUCCACGAUAACCACUGGAGCGUUUGCUGUCAGUAAAAUGCAAAACUAUUCUUAUUUUCAGAUAGCAAAUCGGGCCGAGCAAACCCUGGUAAGCUUUCAAAAAAAGCCACCGCUAUGUUUUCGUAUCUGCAUGAGUGCCUACAAUAAAUAUGGUCUGAAACAUGUCAUACUUCUUUUGGUGUUCUUUUUCUAUACAUUUUUUGGUGCAUUCGUCUUCUUGAUCAUCGAGGCGCCCGUUCAACAUAAACUCAAAUUUCAAUGGGAAAAUAGAAUAACAGCGAAUCGAAGUGUUUUUGUUGAUGGACUUAUGAAGGAACUAUUCAAUAACUCACAGUUUUUGGUCUAUAUCAAAGGUGGUACAUCGAAACGAAUUCGAAAUCAUUUGAACCUAUCGUUCAUACGAUACGAGAAACAGUUAGGCAUAAAAUGGACCGAGCAGAAACUUGAAUGGGAUUACUGGAAUGCGGUUAUUUUUGCAGGUACCAUAUGCACAACAAUAGGUAGUUACCCAAAAUCCACGUUGGUCAUUGUUCUACGUUAUGGUCAUAUUUAUCCAUAUACAAAUCUCGGCAAAGUUCUUACCAUGAUAUACGCAUUAGGUGGUAUACCACUGGUGUUGUUGCUACUGCAAGAUCUUGGCAAAUUGCUAACCGUCUCGAUGAAAUACCCGUGGUUUCAGUUCAAACGCUGUUUGCGCAGAAUGCUCAGGUUAUUCACGAAGCAAUCGUUAACUGAAAUGGCAGCAAUUGAAUUUGAAGAACGAACGAAUUUAUACGUUUUCGAUGUACCGAUUCCAGCCGCUGUAGCGUUGAUCGUGAUAUGGUUGUGGAUAUGCGCGACUGUUUUCUGUAAUCUCGACAAGAAUUGGACACUUCUACAAGCAUUCUACUUCUUUUUCAUUUCAUUGAGUACAAUUGGACUCGGUGACCUAAUACCGUCCUCUCCACACACUCUAAUCUCGAUGUUUGGCUUUAUCGUGUUCGGUCUUUCACUUGUAUCGAUGGUUGUCAACUUAAUUCAAGCAAAAAUGCUGAAGACUUACGAUCCAGUCAAUCAAACCGAGAACACUCCGCUGUUACAGAACAACAAUGACCCCCAUCCUAACAACAGAACAGCCAAAAAACCCUUCGCUACAUUAGGUGUUAUUCAGUGUUUCGACGGUCUUAAGAAUGCAGCUGAGGGGAUGGAGAACUCUGAAGAGAUGUUGAUACCUCGACGAUUAACACGUUCAACUCAAACAGCCGUCAGUUUACCACCAUCCAAAGGGUCGCUAACAUCACAUUGCUGUGUUCAUUGGAUGACGAGUAAUCACCUGAUUGGUGCGAAUUCACCAGAUGAUGUGACUUUAUUGGUCGGCAAUACCGAGGAAUUGUUGAUGAAGGAUUUGGGUGAAACCAACUCAGAGGUGGACGACUUGAGUGGUGAUCUUGUCACUGAGAUCACGACGCUUCAAGAGGAUAGCAAUAAACCGCUGAAAUUACCGCCGUUAGCUGACCACAACGAUUGUCCAUCACUGUAA